GAAAAAAUAAGUAUACUAUAUAUAUAUAAGACUUAAGAUAUAGGUAAUAGAAGUAAAUAUACCUAUCUAUCCGUGUUUUGUGAAUUUCAACAUGAAGCUCUUCCAUGUUGCCGCCUUCUUGGCAGCCCUAGUGAGUUGCACAAUGGCAGGAGUAUACACAAAUCGUUUUCUAGAGCUCUAUGAGCAAAUAGUUGCCUCUAAAAGCGGAUAUUAUUCCAAAGAAGGUGUGCCAUACCAUAGCGUGGAGACCAUGAUGGUUGAAAGUGUUGACUAUGGACAUGAAACCGAUUCUGAAGCUUUGAGUUACAACAUUUGGUUGAAAGCUAUGUAUGGAGAAAUCGCUGGUGAUUUCCAACCAUUUAAUGAAGCAUGGGACGUAAUUGAAAAUUAUAUGAUUCCCGAAACUCAAUAUAACGAAGACAGAUACAAUCCAUCAAAUCCAGGAAGUACGUCAGGCAUAACUGUAGGUAAAGAUCCGAUAGGUAACGAACUAAAAACAUCAUAUGGAGACAAUAGAGUUCGUGUGAUGCAUUGGCUAUCUGAUGUCGACAAUGUAUAUGGAUUCGGCAAUACACAAGGGCAAUGCGAGAGUGGUCCCUUAGCAUCCGGGCCAUCGUUCGUUAAUAACGGCGCAGGAACUGUAUUUUCAGGGAUCACUUACCCAACCUGUGACUCAUUUAAAUACGGCGGCAGUACUGGUUUUUCGUGGUACUCAUCAGUACCAAAUUGGCAGUACAGUGCUGCUCCUGAUGCAGAUGCAAGAGCUAUCCUAGGCGCUUAUUGGGCAUCUCAAUGGGCGACCCAAAAGGGUAAAAUAUCCGAUAUUUCUUCAACUUUAUCCAAAGCAGCAAGAUUGGGCGACUACCUAAGAUAUGCAUUCUUUGACAAACAUUUUAAACAAAUCGGUAAUUGUAUUGGCGGUUCCACUUGCCCAGCAGCAUCAGGGAAAGAAAGUGCCCAUUACUUAAUUUCGUGGUAUAUCGGAUGGGGAGGUGCUGUCAAUUCUCAAAAUGGGUACGCUUGGAGAAUGUGUAGUGGAGAAGCGCACAUUGGUUACCAAAAUCCUAUAACUGCUUAUGCACUUAUAAAUGACCCCAAUUUGAGAUCAAACAGCGCAUCAGCAGUUGAAGACUGGCAAAAUUCGCUACAACGACAACUGGAAUUUUACAAAUGGGUUCAAACCUCUGAAGGGCCUCUAGGCGGAGGAGUCACAAACUCGUGGAACUCCAAUUAUGAAGAUCCACCAGCUGCUGUUAAGACAAAUACUUUCCAUGGAAUGUGGUAUGAAUCUCAGCCUGGAUACCAGGGAGCUAGCGACUGGUUUGGUAUGCAAACAUGGACAGUUGAUCGUCUUGCACAAUACUAUUAUUUAACAGGCGAUGCCACUGCCAAAUCAGUUCUGGAUAAAUGGAUAAACUGGAUUUUAACACAAAUCACCGUUACAUCCAAAAAAAUUAAGGUACCUGUCACUCUUAGCUGGUCUGGAAACACUCCUAGUGAUGCGCAUGCUUCUGUAGUUGGAUCUGGAAAUAUGGUUGGUAUUGUCAGCUCAAUAGCACGUACACUCAGCUAUUAUGCUGCCAAAACUGGAAAUAGUCGCGCUAAAAGCGUAGCUAAACAACUUUUAGAUACUAUGUGGUCCCUCAACAGAGAUUCUAUUGGACUUUCAGUAACUAGUACGGUUUCAACAUUAAAUCAAGUCAAUAAUAAGGUAUACAUUCCAAUUUCGGGCUGGACGGGAACCUAUCCUAACGGUGACAAGAUCAAUGCUUCUUCUAAUUUCCUCGACAUCAGAUCCUGGUAUAAAAGUGAUGCAAAUUGGUGGCAGCUACAGAACUACUUGAAUGGUGGACCGGCUCCAAAAAUAAACUAUCAUCGUUUUUGGGAACAAGCUGAUAUGGCACUCGCCUUGGGUGCUUAUGGAAUACUUUUCAAUGAAUAAUUUAUUAUACUAUCGCUUGAAUAUACUUACAAUAUAACUUAUGAACUAAAGUAAAAAACAA